AUGCCGAAGGUCACCAAAGACGCACAAGACGACAGAAUCAAGAAGACCAAGAAAACCAAGGAUCCAAAUGCACCAAAACGACCAUUGUCUGCAUAUUUCCUUUGGUGAGGUUUUAAAUAUUGAAAAUCUAUUUUAUUUUUGAUUUUUCUAGGUUGAACGAAAACAGACCACGUCUGACGAAGCCAGGCAUGGGUGUUGCCGAUGUCGCAAAGGUAAUCGAUUUUAUUUUCGAAAUUUUUCUGGUUCAUACUUAAUUUUUCUAGGCUGGUGGUGCCGAAUGGCGGCUUGUCGAAGACAAAUCCAAAUGGGAGAAGCUAGCCCAACAGGAGAAGGCCAAGUACCAAAAAGCUUUGGAAGCUUACAACAAAGGAUCCGCAUAA